GCUCGCAUGCUGCAACGGGCCGUCCCCGCAGGGCGAGCCGCGCACACGGAUCCGCCAGAGUGACUGGGCAAAGCUAACUACGCUUUGUGGAACAAGGUCCCCGUUGAAAGAGAGGCCGGCACAUGGUGAACGAGUUUUGGCAAACUUUGUCUUGGACUUGGAGUGUCCACCGCGCGGAGGCGAGACUGCAACCGAUGCCGUGCUUCUGCAGCAAGAGUAUGCGCGCGGAGCCGAGCGCCAGAGGUUUGCCAGAGGUUUGCGUAAUGCGGACCUCUCCGCUGAGUACCUUCGCGAUGCAAGCCGUUGGGAAGAGGCGCGCUUUUGGAUUGACAAGUGCUGCAUUCGCCAGAACGAUCAGGAGUUUAUGUCCUUAUCGAUCCAGCUCAUUGAGGAGUUCAUGCAGCUCUGCCAUGGCAUGGUCGUCAUCUUCACGUGGUCCUACUUGGAGCGUCUCUGGUGCGUCUAUGAGUGGGCCUGCUUCUUGGUCUUCCAUGAGCCUCACGACCUAGUCAUCUGCGCCGAGUCCCUGUAUCGGGUGGGCACGGAGGAGCGUUUCUUGGAGUCCGUGCGUCGAUUCUCCGUGGAGCAGAGCCAGUGCACAGAUCCACAGGAUCGAACAGUGCUUGAGCAGAAGAUCAAAGAGUAUUACGGAUGCUGUGAGAACUUCGAGCGCUUCCUUCGAGUUUCUGUCAUUGCCAUCAUCGGUCGUUGUUUGGCAGCUCGCGGGGCACGCAACCGGACUGGCCUCUGCAAAUGGAUCAACUUGGCAGACGAGUUAGGCUUCAAGGACCUGGCCGAUGGCUUGCGAGUCGCAGAUCCAGCUGCAUGGCGACAGAAAGCCUUGGACGAGGUGGAAACCAGCAAUUCAGAUUUGCAGAGCUGCAUCAAGGCACAGAGUGACGCGUGGUUUGCCGACCACAUAACCCCCAUCCUUGCUGCAGAGCGACGGCGUGCGGUGCAGCGACACGUCUUUCGAAGCAUGCUGCUCCGCAAAAACUAUGUCAGAAAGGCGCUUAGCGACACCAGCUUCAAACGCCCAACAACCUUCCACUCCUCCUGGGCGCUCGAAGUCAGGCAACUGGCCUCGGCGCCCGCUACAGCUUCAUGA